CUUACAAAAGAAAAAAAAAAGGAAGAAAGAAAUGGCAUCACAGUAGUCCCAACCAAUCACAUUUUUGCAAUGACAACUUCCUGUUAUGUAGGAACUUGUAUGCCCGUGUAGCAUGAUAUUAUUACGAUACAACGUCUUUACAUUCGUAACUGGCGGAGAAAUUGACUUUGUUAAUGUGUGUAAUACUCAUAAAGGUAAAAAUAUGUAUAUAUUUUUGUUAUAUUUUACCCUCAUGCUAGCAAUAGCUCAAUUUAAUAUUGUCUUGCCAGCGGAGACUCAAGAAAACAACGAACUGGAAAUGGGCGUCAUUAAGAAACCAGAGAAAUGCGACAGAUCAAGUAGAACUGGCGAUAUUCUAUCUGUGCAUUACCGGGGUUCAUUAGAUGAUGGUACAGAGUUUGAUUCAAGUUACGACCAAAAAGAACCAUUCCAAUUUCAGCUAGGGACUGGUCAAGUAAUCAAAGGUUGGGACCAAGGCCUGAUAAGCAUGUGUGUGGGAGAACAACGUCGACUGACUAUACCUCCUCACUUUGGCUAUGGUGACUCGGGAGCAGGAGAGAGAAUACCACCAAAUGCAACAUUGAUAUUUGAAGUAGAACUUUUGGAAAUUAAGGAUGGCCCACCACCAGUUAAUGUGUUCAAAGAAAUCGAUGCUAAUGCAGAUAAUCAGCUUUCUCGUGAAGAGUUGUCCUUUCAACAUGGCAUCCCGUGCUCAACCAGUGGUACAUGAUGGAAGGUGUGGCUUUAUUAUAGCCAUCCGUACAGAAUAAAUGCUUUCAUAUAAGACUUUGGAGAUGUGAGAUGCAGUUAUGUCUUAUGGGUGCUGUGUACCACGAGUGGCUUACAAUGUCCAACAGAAAAUAUGCAAAUGUACCACCGGUGGUGCACGAUGUCGUGAAUGUGUUAAACAUUAAUCUUAGCCACUGGUAGAUUGUACCUUCAAAGUAAUACUUGUAUAUAUGUUACUGACUAAAAAUGAUAACUCUUUCCCUAACUUGGCAGUUGAGUAUUUAUACACCACAAUUCAGCAUAAGUUGGUGUCAUUCUUUACAAUAAAUUACAUAAGUCAGUAUCACAAUCCAGUCAACAGUGAACACCUUUUACAUCCAAGAUCACAGAAAUGUUGAUUUACAUCAUAGUUUAGGCUUAGACAAGAUGAUUGUACAGAAGAUAAAUAGUAAACUUGUAAGUUAUUAUUAAUAUAAGUGACUUGAGUGUAAUGUUACAAGUGUGUAAUGAUAUGAUAUUUCAUUUAGUUAUUAGGUCUCAACAGAUGCCCAUAUCAGAAGGAAAAACUCAUGCUAACUUGGUUCUUCACAAUAUAUUUUACCACUGAAAAGUAAUAAACUCACUGUAAAGUAGCCACUGAAGCUAAAAGACUGGUAAAAGUUUGAGAAAAGGAGCACAGUUUUAAACUUGAAGAGAAAUUUCUAGUGUUAGUUUGUACGUAUGUAUUUAUGAUAAAUAGGCUAAUAUUAGUUUUGAUAAAUACACUUUUUAAAGAUAUAAAAACCAUAGCUUUACAGAAUAAUUUACAUAAAUAUAAACAUUUUUAACAUGUAAAACCCAAAAUAAGUUUACUAGGAGUCUAACUUGUCGGAAUAUCGGCCUGUGUUUACUUCAUUAUACAAUUCGUACAUGUAGCGGCCCUAUUAUCAGUACAAACUUAAAUAUACACCGAAACAUAAAGAAAAUUUCAUUCUUAAAACUUACAGUGAAUGUAAUAUUGUCAUAAUUUUUUCUGUAC